AUGGGGAAACGCGUGAUCGUUACCGGAGGCUCUGGCGUCGUCGGGCGCUGGGUGGUACAGUCUCUUUUAAGCCACGGUCACCAGGUUCUCAACCUUGACCAGAAACCACUCGACAAUGAAGCCGUUCAUACGAUCAAAUGCGAUGUGGCCGACGCCGGCCAGGUGUUUAGCGCACUGAGCAGCAACUUUAAGCUCAAAGAACCACUUGAUGCUGGACCGCCCUGUCCCCCAGAUGCAGUUAUUCACCUGGCCGGCUACCCCAGACCACUCUUGGCUCCUGACAGCGAGAUCUUCCGCGCCAAUGUCCUCGGGUUUCACAAUGUUCUCGAAGCAGCUUGCAAGCUCGGCGUCCGCAAGAUCAUCCUGGCCAGCAGUGUUACCGUUUAUGGCGUGACAUAUGCCCAAGGUGUCCGGCACUUUCCAUCGUUUCCCAUCGACGAAUCCUUGAACCCGACUCCAACGGAUCCGUAUGCACUGUCGAAAUUGGUCGGGGAGACAGUCGCAAAAUCUCUUGCACUUCGAUUCGGAGUGGACAUUUACUGUCUGCGGAUCGGGGCUGUCAUUCAACCCCACGAAUACGACCAUCUCUUCCAAGACUACAUCUACAACGCACCUGCAUGGGCUGUGCACGGCUGGUCCUAUACAGAUGCCCGAGAUUUGGGACAGAUGGUGAAUCGUGGUUUGGAGGUUGACGGCCUGGGAUGGCAGGUCUUUAAUGCCACCAAUGACUCCAUCACAAACAUGACUCCUACGACCGAGUUUCUGCGCAGUCUCUACCCUAAAACACCCAUUACAAGGAAGCUGGAUGACUACGAAGCCCCAAUGAGCAAUAAGAAGAUACGAGAGAUGCUGGGUUUUGUCGAGGAGCAUCCUUGGAGGAAAUACUUUACCAGGUGGAGGGAAGUGACCGACAAGCAAGGGGAAUGUAGCUAA